AUGGGUGGGAUGCUCGAGUCGCUGGUGGUGAGGCUGAUGGGGCCUGCCUUGGCUAUAGCGGAUGUGACUACAGAGGACGGUGACGUCUCGCGUUGGCGAGUCACUUAUCGAGUGUGGGAUGCUGGUGACUACAGUGUCCGCGUCCAAUCAGAGUGCGACAUGCUGGACUUUGCGUCAGACUACUUGCGUCGGGUCCUGGCUCUCCGCCCUCCAAUCCCGGGGUAUUUCCGAGAUUAA